AUGAGGUGUCAGCUUCUCUCUACCUCGCUCCUCCUGAGCCUCGUCCUCGCUGCACCACUCGCAGAGCCAGCCAAUCUCGUACAGCGAGCUGACAAGCAAUCCUGUUCAUCAAAACCCCACCCAACUCUAGAAGACUUCCACAAGGCAGCAAAGAAAUGGUGCGACGACCACAUUCGCUCCGACGCUCCCAAUCCUCCUCUCCUUCCCAAACCCGUCAUCGACCCUAGCAACAAGCCCAUCAUGCCACCUCUCACCGCCGACUAUACCUUCAAACUGCCCAAUCCCGACAAGAAGAAGCCUGACAUCUCUCUCGCUGUGACUUUUGGGAUUCACGGAUUUGCGCCUAUUCAGCGUGAUGCCUGUUACCUUGGGUUUGGCAUGCAAAACGACUGGGAUAAUGGGCGGAAGAACGAUGGAAAGGUGCAGGAGGAGGAACAAAUUGAGAAGGGUAAUGGUUGGGAUCAGUCGGUGGGUUGGAAUAGUUACGGUGUUAGCUUUAAGUGA